CCCAUCCUGCAUUUAAAAAGGUCCCAGGUUUAAAGCUGCUGACAGCCAGAGACCUCCGUUGUUGAGAUGCCAUAAAGAAGAAACACUUCCUGUGCCAGUGCAGAUUCUUUACAGGAGUGCACUGGUGUCAUGUAGAUUUACUGUCCAGUUACUUCUAUUUAUGUCUAAAUGACGUUCCUUUCCUUUUUUACGAGUGUGCCAUGACCUACUGACUGACUUCUUUGAUUUCUUCAGCACGGCUGUGUUGUCACUACCUGCAGAGAUACCUUAGCUUUCGAAGCCGUUGUUUCUGUGUGGAUGUCAGGUGAUUGACACUAAGUGAGGUGUACCAUAACACACUUUCUGAAUCUUAAGUACACUAGAGCGCGGUGACAGAACGAUGAAACAAAUGACAAAACACAAUCACGCCUCCUGUUUUACGGUGAUGGAUUAUCUUGCUCAGAUAGCUGCUGUGUUUUAUCACAACACAAAAGAGAAUCAUGGGAGGAAAUCACACAGGGAAAUGUGAUACAGAGACAAAGUAGAUGAUGAACUGCGAUAUCCUGAUAUUAAAAAUGUUAUGAGGUAUGUCACAUAUUCUGACUCCUCUGGUGUGUUUACGAAGCGUCAUACACAGAAUUCCUGGAUGAUCUGGUUUCGCCUUUUUCCUAAAUAAUCGUUAAACUAGAAACGUCUUGUGGUAUAUCUGUCUUUAAUGAUACAGGAGUGUUGAAGCCUCACAGAGUUUCCACCGUAGAUAACCUACAUUCUGCAGGUCUGCUGCCUUAUGUCGCAGGAUACGGAGCGGAGGCAGAGCAGGGCAGAGGGGUGCUGGAUGGGGGCCACAGCCGGGCCUGAUGGCAGGAGCCCAGACCACACAGAGCUCUAAUCACGUCCGCUAGAAGGAGCCGAGGUGCUACAGUUCACGUGGAGAGACUGAAAAGGUUGUGUGCCCAUGAGGUCGUCCAUGCUGGUCCUGCUCCUCCUCUUCAGUGCCCGGGCUGUGGCCGCCAUCGGAGGAGACUCUUGUGCAGCCACAUCGACCCAGCAGCAGGAUCAUGGCAAGAACACAAACACCAUCCCUACCGUGGACCCUAAACUCUUCACCAAGCGCCGCCACCUCUCCCCCCGGGUGCUCUUCAGCGAACAGCCUCCUGAUGCAGAACCGGCGGCAGGGUCACAAGGUCACGGCAGAAGGACCCGCAGGCGUGCAGGGCAGCCCCAGCACAGAGGGAUUUACUCUGUGUGCGAGAGCAUCAGCGUGUGGGUGGGCAACAAAACCACAGCAACAGAUAUCUUAGGCCACGAGGUGACUGUGCUGCCGAACGUGAACAUCAACAACGUCAACAAGAAGCAGUAUUUCUUUGAGACGACGUGUUACAGCGCGCGCUCCGGCAGCUCUGGCUGUUUGGGGAUCGAUGCCAAACAUUGGAACUCGUACUGCACCAACUCACACACUUUUGUCCGAGCGCUGACCUCCCAUAAGAACCUGGUGGCCUGGAGACUCAUACGCAUCAACGUGGCCUGUGUGUGUGUGCUGAGCCGCAAGUCAUGGCGGCAGUGAAGACUGUAAUACACAUCACACACACACAGAGUCACACACUCAGUACAAACUCAGACAUACUCAUCACCCUCUGCACAAAGUAAAUUAUUGGUAUAUGAAAAAGUAUCAGGACUGCAUGUAUAAACACCAGGCCUGGGUCAAACCGUCUCUGCAGCACAGAGGACAGAACAUUCAGGGCUUGUUGCCGUGUCACUCAUCAUGUAUCAGUUUAUAACAGGUUGAGCUCACAGGAAGUUUCAACAUGAUUGUAGUUUUAACUUGAGCACGUAGUCUUUUAUUAUCUUGUCUUUCAUUCAUCUGAUAAUUAGACUUUAAAGGGGAACUCCAUCAGAAAGUGUUUACAUGUCCUGAGGAGUGCUGCUGCAGGAGUGAAGAAAGUUGUUUGGCCUUUGUGGAUCCAGACGGAGCUCAAAUUGAUUACUGAACCGUCUGGAGUGAUGUCACUAUAGUCAGCAUCAGAUGGUAUGAAGCCCCUGAAGUCCCACGAAGGUGAUGAUUUUUAUCUUGUGCAUACAAGUGAGUAACUUGUGCGCACAGGAUAAUGAGUCGUUAGGUAAGUGGUUGUGCAAGCUCUGUUUUGCCAGAGAGCGGCCGCCAUAGCAUCAGCACAUAGAUCCAUAUUAUGUCUCAUAACUGCGCAGCAUUAAAGAAGUCUUAAGUCUUCCUCAGUGAAUAAAUACAGACAUCGUACAUCCUGUAUUUUUCUGAACACCUCACUUUAAUGCACAAACUGCAGAAAACUAAAUAUAUAAAACUAAAAUAUAUUCACGAGACACAGCACAGAAAUUUUAAAAGUGAACCUGGUGGUCUCUAACUCUAUGUGAUAGGCAAAUAAGUGGUUCUGAGAAGUUUGUUAAUGUGGCCAAGCACACAUGAGUGUACAUUACUAGACCAAUGUAGACAAAUGCCCCCCAGACCACCUCUAUAGGUGGACCGAGUGAUCAGAUCUCAGCCUGCGUUGAUAUGCGUUCCCUCCUGUAGUUCAGGCUCACCACUUGUAGUCUGAUGCUGGGUGCAAACAGCAUCUUUAACUCUGCACACAUCAUCCAAAGUGUCUUCAAUUGGUUUUGAAGGACAGUUGUAUUUUAUAUUUUUAAACUGAUUUCACUCUCUAACCAUGUGAUCACCCCUGCACCGGGCGGGUUAAAAUCAAAGGCAGCUUUAAACUUCUGUUUCCCCCCUUAAGGACACAAAAAAUUAAAAUAACAUGAAGUUGUUUCUUGUCAGAUAUUUAAAUAGACACUCACCUUAUUCUAAAUUAUAAAUAUUGCUUUGGCUGACAAAUUAUUCAUAAUGACCAAAGACAUGUUGUACAAUGAUAAAGCAUGCCACAGAGCCUCAACAAAGUGUAAGAUCUGUUUGAGUAGUCAGACAUCCCUUUCGAUGAGGAAUUAAUUGCAAGAAAAUGCUAAAAUAAUCACUUUGUUGUUUCUGUAGAUUUGUUUGGUAUCUCUAACAGGAUAUUAUCUGUAGACAUUGGGGCCUGGUUCCUGUGAAUCUAAACCAAACCAGUCAAGUCAAAUGCACAUCAAAAACAAGAGCUGACUGAAAUGCUUCACCCACAGAGGCAGAAUAAAACACAGAUUGUGAUGAUCACAGAGAAACGUGAUCACAAUGGAUACGGCUCAUCAUUUUAAAACACAUGUUUAAAGCGCUGUAAGAUUGAAGGUGCACGUUAAGAAGGGCUUUGAAGAAGAGCAUUGAGUUGGUACAUCUGAUGAGAGGAAGCAGCUUGUCCCGCAAACAGGAGCCUGAAACUGAGAAGGUGUGGCCGCUGUAUGCUUAGCCGAAGGACAAUCAGAGGAGACAAAAGUACAAAAUGAUGAAACUGCUCACAAAGUCCCAGCUGAUUCAGACUAUUAAUGUUUUUAAGCUAUAUUUUGAAGCAUUUUGUCUUUGGACAGCUUAAGAGAGACAGGAAAUGUAGGGAGCAGAGGGAGGUGGAAAAUAUGCAGCAAAGGAGUCAAACCGAUGACCACUGCAACAAGAACUAUUGCCUUGGCACCCCUGAAACUUGUUCUUGGGUGAAAAUAAAAUUCAGCUGUCAGACUAUCUUCUGCUUCACUGCUGAGUGAUUAAAAAUUACACUGGAACCCAAAACGUGUGUUUUAUAAUUCCACAUAAUGUUUAACCUCACCUCAGCCUCUGGAGCUGAUCAAAUUAAAGCCUCUGAUAUGAUAAACCCCAAAUCACAAGAAAUGCUUGCUCAUUCUCUACUCAAUGUUAUAUUAUCAUCAAGUCAGGAUAAGAUCCAGUCCCAUCUUACAGACAGGACUCAGUCUGAUCUCAUCUUAAUCCACCAUGAGCAGAGCACUUCGCAGCAUUUAGCAAGUUACAGUGGCAAGGACAAACUUCCUUUAACAGACAGAAACCUUGAGCAGAACCAGACUCAUGUUAGACAGCCACCUGUCUCGACUUUUGAACACAUGUAAUGGUAUUCACUAAUCUUAAACCUUAAACUGCGGCUAAGCAGAACAUCAACCCCCGAGAAUUUCAGCACCACGACACAGUCCUGUAAAUGAUCGUGUCUCCCUCUCCUCCAUUAUAUUCUCCUUCAGCACAGCUCUCUCUGAGUAGACUGAAAUACAGUUUGACCCAGGUCUGAUAUAAGCAAACUUUUGUUCAAUGUUGUUGUUGAUAUUGUUAUUUAUUAAACACUUACAUACAUGA